UCACAACACAUACAAAUGCCUUCGUAUAUUUACUAUUCAGUAUCGUUGCGACCAUCGGUGGGGUCGCAACGCCUCACCCAUAGUGUAGAAAACUAGUUCACCACGUGUAUUUUGUGAAUUGUGUAAAACUAAUAAGGAAAUUUUAAGUAUUCACAUUUGCAAUACUUGGAACAAUAUUUUUUUGGGUCCAUAAUCAAUAACGUCUUUCUCUCACAUAGAAUCUCAAACAUCUCAAUACAUUUCAAUACAUAUGUAAUACAUACCGGCUUGUAGUAUUAGAAAGAGGAACAAUCUAUACUUGAUAUUCAAUUGUUGGUAUGUUUUUGUAAUACGAGAGAAAAUAAUUAAUAUCAACAUCAUUUUUAUUAUUCUAACUGGAACAAUAAUUAAGAUUCAAACCUUUCUGCUACUUAAAGGUUUUACUUUACAAUAACUUGAAAGUGUCUUCUUUAUUACCAAAAGAGGCUUGAUCUCUAAAGGAACAUUUUUUAGCAUUUACAACAGAUGGAAACCUGACGGGACAAUAUAUUUUCUGAGACAUUGCAGUUGGAAAAUAAUGAUGUUUGUUUUUCACUGCAAUGUAUGGAUUUUCUUAUUGGUACUAAAAGUUGAAUUAACUGUAACUGACAGUCUUGCAGAGGAUAUUUUUAACAAACAACAUAAUGAUUCAGUUAACAAAAGCUACUACAAUGACAAUAACAACUUUAACUCACAUUAUUUAUUUUAUCCCAAAUCCAAGGAAAAAAAACCAAACAUUGUUCUGAUACUAACAGAUGAUCAAGAUGUUGAACUUGGGUCCUUAAACUACAUGCCAAAAACCUUAAGGCGAAUAAGAGAUAAUGGAGCUGAAUUGAGGCAUGCAUAUGUAACUACUCCAAUGUGCUGUCCAAGUAGAAGUUCUCUUUUGACUGGUCGCUAUGUUCACAAUCAUCAAGUGUUCACUAAUAAUGACAACUGCAGCAGUCCUCAGUGGCAACGUGAUCAUGAACCUCAUUCCUUCGCUGUUUACCUCAGCAACGCUGGUUAUCGUACUGGAUAUUUUGGCAAAUAUUUGAAUAAGUAUAAUGGAUCAUAUAUUCCUCCUGGAUGGCGCGAGUGGGGAGGAUUAAUAAUGAAUUCACGAUACUAUAACUACAGUGUGAACAUGAAUGGCAAGAGGAUAAAGCAUGGGUUCGAAUACAGUAAAGAUUAUUACCCGGAUCUAAUAGCAAAUGAUAGUGUAUCAUUUUUACGACAAAGUAAAUAUAAUAUGGCUCGUAAGCCAUUAAUGUUAGUUGCCAGUUUUCCCGCACCUCAUGGACCUGAAGACUCUGCUCCACAAUUUUCUAAUCUAUUCUUCAAUGUCACCACGCAUCACACACCUUCUUAUGAUUAUGCUCCAAAUCCGGAUAAACAGUGGAUUUUGCAAGUGACCAAGAAAAUGCAGCCGAUUCACAAAGAAUUCACUGAUUUAUUAAUGACUAAAAGACUUCAAACAUUACAAAGCGUUGACGAUGCAGUUGAACGAAUUUGCAAAGAACUGGAAGCUCUUGGUGAGAUGGAUAAUACUUACAUAAUUUAUACAUCUGACCAUGGUUAUCAUCUUGGUCAAUUUGGCCUUGUCAAGGGGAAAAGUUUCCCCUUUGAAUUCGACGUGCGCGUUCCUUUUCUAAUCCGUGGUCCUGGCAUUCAACCCGGUUCGAUAAUAGAUGACAUCGUUUUAAAUAUUGACUUGGCUCCUACUUUUUUGGAUAUCGCUGGUAUAGACGUACCUUCGCAUAUGGAUGGUCGUUCAUUUAGAAAACUCUUUCUAAAUGAACAUGGCAGAAGAAUAAAAAUUAAGUGGCCAGACACAUUUCUAAUUGAAUCAUCAGGUCGCAGAGAAAUUGCAGAUAUGAGUGCAGAAGCUAAACUUAAAAAAGCUAGAAGACAAUUUAAUACUGGAACCAAGCAAAUGUUGAAUGUAUCUGCAGAAAAUGAUGACAUUGCUUCUUUGAAUCACUCAGAAGCAAAGAAAAAUGUUGGUUAUAAAAUCAACGUUAAUAAGGCACGAGAUAUUUUCGAUAAUGAUGAUUUCAAUGAAUUAUUCAUAGACGACAUAAAAUGUUCGAGGCCUGAAGCUCAAGCAGACUGUAUUCCGGGUCAAAAAUGGCGUUGCGAACGAGACGGUCAUCGAUGGAGAAAAUAUAAAUGUCGGAAACCAACAGUACAAUCUUCUUCGCAAGUCGAAACAAGAAAAUGUGCCUGUUUCACGCCGAAUGGAGUUGUUUACACAAGACUGGAAACGAAUAACUUUAAUAAGCAUGCUGCUAUUGCUGGCAAAAAGAAGAAAGGAAAUCCGAUCAAUGGGACUAAUAAUAGCAUUUCUUUAAAUAGGGAUAUUUUAAAUUGGAAGCCAAACAACUUGAAUCAACGAGCAGUUAAAUACUUUUAUCACAUUUUUAAAAAGUACAUGCAGAGACGUUCAAAUGUCAAUAAUCGAUUUUCAAGAACUCAGAGGAGUGCAGCAAGGAAAGAAGUUCAGAAAGACAGAAUGAAGACUGUGAAGAGUAUUGAACAUGAGUUAGAUGAUGUUAAGAGCAUCAGAAGGACUCACUUAAAGAAACACCUUCCUCGAAAUGAUAAAGAUGAAGAAAAUGAAUCUAACAAUUUCAAUGAAUCAAAAAUGAAUCAAAAACAAAAGUCCUUCCAUCGAAAGCCUCGAAAUCACACAAGUCGUCAACAAACAGAACUCGACAAAACAAACAAUCAACAAACCAUUUCAAAUACAUUUCAAACAACUUUAAAAAGUACUCCAAAUGAGAAAAACAUAAUUUUUUUACUAGACAAAAUAAAUGCAAUGAAUAACCUACCGAGAAAAGAAAAGAGGAGAAAAUUAAAUAAAAUUUUACAAUCCACAGCACAAUCAGAAUUUUUUACCAACGAAUCUCACAGGGGAAAUGAAACUCAAGACAAGUACAAAAAAUGUUGUAAAUAUAAUCGAAGAAAUGAUACCUCAUUCAAUAACAGUGACAAUAAAAAGAAUUUUAUCUUAGAAUCUACAAAAGACAACGAAAAUUUUAUUGACGAACAAUCGAAAAAGACUACUGAUUAUAUUACUAAAUCAAUAACCACCACGGAGUCAUCGACAUUACAAAAAUCAGAAAAUGAUUUUAAUCAUUUACCCAAGACAACUCCUGGCGCUUUAGAAACAAUGGAUUUGUCUAAUACUCUUCCAGAUGUUACGACGACAAAGCUGAUGAAGAAUAAGAGACGAAGGAAUUAUAAUAGACGUGAGACAGAUUUACAAAAUUCAACAGAUUUGAAACCAUCUUUCCGAAUACAAAAACAUGGUAACACGAAAAAAAAUUUCAAGUUACCUACAGUGAUGAAUUAUCCAUUUAAUGGACACAGUAAAUGUUACUGCGAACCGGACACAUACUACAAACGAGAUAUAGAAGAUGCAGCUAAGAAAGAGAGACGAAGGAUAAAAGAAGAAUUAAUGCGUAAACGGGAAAGGAAAUUGAGGAAAAAGAGUAAACUGGAAAAACAAUGUAUAAUGGAGAAAAUGAAUUGUUUCGAGCACAAUAAUGAUCACUGGCGAACUGAGCCAUUAUGGAGCAGCGGACCAUUCUGCUUUUGCAUGAAUGCUAAUAACAAUACCUAUUCAUGUGUUCGUACAAUUAAUAGUACUCAUAAUUUUCUUUACUGUGAAUUCACAACGGGAUUAGUCACGUUUUAUAACUUAAGAAUAGAUCCAUUCGAACAAUGGAAUAGAAUAUCGUCAUUAACUUCAUCAGAAGUAACAUAUUUACAUAAUCAAUUGGAACGUCUUAAAGAAUGCCGAGGCGCACAAGAGUGCACUGUUGGCAAUGUUGGCAAUGUUAGAAAGACAGUAAAUUAUGCAAAGCAAAAAUCUAGCAACUCUUCAAGAGAAGCUGAAGCCAGGACAGCCGAAAAAACAUGACAUAAUACAUAGCAAAAUGCAUUAAAUUAAAAAUAAGUUGAAGCAUACUAGCCAGAAAGUUUUUAUAAUUAUUUAGUUGCUAAAAUUAGUGGAUUAAAAUUGUUGCUUAGUCAGGUUUUAUAAAAUAAUUAUAAUACACUUGUACAGACUAAGUACAGUUUAACUGAAGCGAUUUGAGAUUAUUUCUAGUAUAUUUUAAUCAAUUACGAUUUAGAGUGUUCAAAGAUCUCUGAAAUUCCUAGGUUAUGUAAGACAUCUGAUUGAUCCGAUUAUCGCAAAUUCAAACAAUCUUCACGAUUAUUAUAAUUUAGAAAAUGCUUACCCAUAUCGUACGUUGGCAGAUUUUGUAUAAAGUGUCUGUAUUCAGAGGAAAAUUUAUUAGAAAAUGUUUGUUUACCAAUUUUACGUCAUUUAAACCAGUUAGUGCUUUUGGCGAUAAUCGAAGGUCUCACAUAACCUACAAAUUGCAGAGACCUUCAAUCACUCUUCAAAUGCAUAAUAUAAUUUAUUGCUAUUUGGUUUAAGUUUUUUAUGAAUAUAUAAUCAUAGCUUAUUUAUUGAUAUUGCGCAAUUUUAAUUAUUUAUAUUUUCUUGGACACGUAUUUAAUAUUAGUAUUAUUAAUUUUUAUUUAUUCUACCACAGUGCUCAUGUAAUUUAUUCAAAAUUAAUUUAUCAAUGAUUGAUAUUUAAAAUUUUUCAUUCUUUCAAUAUUAAAUUAUUAUUCAUUAUUAUAUUUGUAUUAUCUUCGAAGGUGUGUUGUGUGUGCGAGCGAAAAUUUGUAUAUUUUAGAUUGUGUGCGUGGGAAAAUAAUAAAAAAAAAUCAUACUUAUUUCAUUUACAAAAAAAAAAUAAUGUUGCGCAUUCGCAGAAAAUAUUUAUAACACUUCCAAUUAAGUUUUGAGCACUUUUUGCUGUGAUAACACGGUAUUUGUAGAGAAAAUUCUUAAAUAAAAAUAUUAUACAAAA